AUGGCAAAUUCAUCUAAUAUAAUUGGUCUUAGAAUUGGUCAAAGUUAUUCUAGUAUCGCUAUUAUUAACAAGGAUGGUAGAGCUGAUUGUAUCGCAAAUGAAGAUGGUGAACGUCAAAUACCUACAAUGGUGGCAUUUUCUGGUGAAGAAGAGUUCACAGGAACACAAUCUAAAGUACAACUACUAAAUAAUUCAAAAAACACAAUUACUCAAUUCAGAAAUUUCAUUGGUAGAAGGUUAUAA